GACAUUCCUAUUAAAAAGUUAAAGAUAGGUCGAGCCUUGGGUAAAGGUGCUUUCGGGGUGGUAAAUGAGGCAUAUGCGUAUGGUGGGACUAGUUUUGAUAAUAAAACAUUCAAAGUUGCUGUUAAAAGAAUAAAAGAUACAGCUUCUGGUGAUGAAAUAAAUUCUUUAAAACAGGAACUUGAGCAAAUGAAAUUGAUUGGUUCUCAUGCAAAUAUCAUAAGUUUGUAUGGUUUCUGUAAAUUUAGAGGUCAAAGCAUGAUAAUAAUGGAAUUGGCCGAGUUAGGAGACCUAUUGACCUAUCUAAAAGAAAAAUGCUCAAAUAGUCAUAAUUACGUCAGUGUUUCUGCUGAUGGAAAUAUUUCUGAAGAAGAAACGAAACAAAUCACAGAAGAUGGAGAAUUAAUGUCGUUUGCUUGGCAGGUUGCUAAGGGAAUGAGUCAUAUGGAGAGUCUGAAGUGUAUACAUCGCGAUUUAGCAGCCAGAAAUGUUUUGUUAGCAACGGGUCCAGUAGCUAAAAUAUCAGAUUUUGGUUUAUCACGAGAUGUCUAUGAAAAUGGUUACUAUUUAAAAGAAACUAAGGGUCGACUUCCAUUUAAAUGGUUGAGCCCAGAAGCCUUGUUGUGGGGUCAGUUCAGUAGUAAAGGUGACGUGUGGUCGUAUGGUAUGCUGUUAUGGGAAAUAACUACACUUGGUGCCUCACCAUACCCUGGAAUUCCUGCUGAAAAUAUGGCCGAUCUCCAUCGGUCGGGAUAUAGAAUGCCUAGACCACCUAAUUGUCCAAAAGAUUUAUAUGACAUAAUGCGAGGUUGUUGGAAUGAAGAUCCGAGAAAAAGACCAACAUUUUUAAAAUUAUGUGAAUUGAUGGAAAAUUUAUUA